AUAAGAAUACUCUUUUAAGUCGUUCAAAUAUCGAUAUGAAACAUUGAAUAUCAUUUCACAAUUUGAUUGUUUUGAAUCUUAGGGUAUGCUAAGAACAACGACGCAAAUUGCCAAGACUGCGAUCAACUUAUCCUAGCAACAUUCAAUAUUGAUCAAAUUGCUUUCCAAAUACUACGCUCUCUUAUAAUGGCUUGUUUGUCCUUAUUAUUAAUUAAUGAUGUUCUCCAAAUUAACAGGAACUGGUUUAUUUCUAAUCGCGCUCAAAGAUUCAGGAAGCAGUCAGCAUAGCUUCAAUUUGACCCAAUUUUUGAUAUUUAAUAAAUGAAGGUUGAAACAUGCGGUAGAAAUUCUUUUACUAAUCAACUUGGACGAUAAUUUGAACCGACACAAAUACAUCACGAGAAAGAAAUGAGAUAAUGUAAUUAUGGCGACCACACGAUGAUGCGUCAUACACUGAACCAUUAGUAAACAAUGAAUCUACGGAUAAAAUAGCGCAAAUACAGUGAUCUCUACAAUAGGCGUGAGGAAAUACUUGCAGAAUACUCCACAAUUAAGAGUUAUACGGGUUUGAUUUGAGUAGCGCUAAAACCAUGUAAAAUAUUCUUUGGCUUCGAUCCAUGUAAACGCAGGGGAUUUGAGAAAAUAUGCUAAAAUUGAGUAGAAUUCAGGAACAGUUUGCCAACUGAGGCCAGUACAAAGCAUUGGAGUAAAUUCAAUAUUGUGUAAUGAAAAUCGAGAAUCUAUUGCGGAAAAAAAAUAAUUUUAUAUUUUAACUUCACACUUUUGUAAUCACAAUAGCAGAACAUUUUAAGUCACAAUAAUUUAAUGAAAUACGUGAUUGUUUACACCAAUGUAAUAAAUAUUUGAUAAUCGUUUCGACAUUCUAAAUUAUAGAUAAUUACAAGCACUCACGAUUAUAUAACCUUUGCUACGCAUCGAGCCGAGAGCUGUAGUAUGAAAAAAACGUUUCGCCUUCCCGGCCUCUUUAUACUACUAUACUCGGCUCGAUGCGUAGCAAACGUUAUAUAAUGGUGAAAGCUUGUAAUUAUUUAUAAUUAAGAAUGUCGAUUUCAAACUUUGCAUAUGCAAGAAUAAAAGAUCUGGCUAACUUACGUUUCAACUUCACAUCUUAACAGCUCAACAAUCGCAAAAAAAAAAAAAAAAAAAAAACGAAAAAGACCUAGGGAUUCUGGGAUUGAUAUACUAUCACUCUGCAUUAUCUGCAGACAAUGAAUUUAUUAUGUCCACUUUUUGACCAAUCAGAAUUAAGAUAGUAAAAUAAAACUCGUAAUACUACCCAUGAUUGAUUCAAUUCAUUGACACAAGCCAGUGCAUGAAGAUCUUUCGUGUGCAGUUGAUGCAGGUUGGUACAACAGAGUUUUCAACAGAACAUCCACUACUCUUGGAUAUACUUGGGYAAACGUAUACAUUGAUUGACUUGACCAGAAUAUCUCAAGCUUUUCCAAGAAUACUCGCGGAAAGAUACAGUUUGAUCAACAAUGAAUGUCAGCGUAAACAACUCAACAUCUUUCAACAACAGUCUUACAAACCCUCAAGGACUGCAUUGCGUUGAUACGUCAUUUUCCAAGGCCGCGGUGAUAGCUAAAGUGUUUUUCCUCUCUGUUAUCUUGGCUGUUUCCUUUGUGGGAAAUAUUCUCAUCAUCUUCGUUGUCUAUAAAAACCAUACUCUUCGUCGGACAAUCAACUUUUUCAUCGUGAAUAUAGCUGUAUCAGACUUGAUUUUGCCAACUUUACUUCUUCCGAGAGAGAUUGUAGAGACGGUAAGGCUGGACAAGGCUUGGUCUAUACACGGAGUCACCGGUCAAAUCGCUUGUAAAUUAAUCUACUUUUUAUCUGAUGUCUCACCAACAGUAUCCAUUCUGAGCUUGAUAUUUAUGACUAUUGAUCGGUUUUUAGCCGUUGUAUUUCCUUUACGAGUGACUCUCAUGAACUCCAAGCGCAGAUACUGUCUUAUCGCUCUGACCUGGAUCAUUUCUGCAGGGUUUUUCUCUCCAUAUUUCUACGCAAUGAAUGUAUCAAAAAGAGAAGAUGGUAGGAACUACUGCAUGCUGCUAUGGAGUCGCGACAUCUCUACACAUAUAUCGAUACACAAAGCCUUCAGUGCAGCAAUAUCCAUAUUAUUCCUCGUCAUCCCAUUCUCCACUUUAACUGUUCUCUAUUCCAUUAUACUCAUCAAAACAAGAACAACUCCAGAACUGAUUCGUACUAAGACUUGUGAAAAAGCUCGGCUCAGGCAAAAGCAAACAGCGAAGCGCGUCACUCUAAUGGCCUUUGUGAUCGUCUUGAUAUUUGGUUUGUGUUGGGGCCCUUACAACAUCCUACUUUUCCUUUUGAUCUUUGUUUGGAACUGGAAGCGUCCCUCUUUCUGUCAUUGGCCGACAUUUUUGUUUGCUGUUCAAUUUCUGUGUUAUUCUAAUGCGGCAAUUAACCCGUGUGUGUAUUUCAUUUUCAUCAAAAACUUUCGUCGAGGAUUGAUGAAGCAAUUAACAAGUAAGAAAAGUAGAUUGAAGCAGCAACUACGUAUUCAGAAUCUCCAGUCCGAAUCACCACUUCUAACAUCCAUGGGAACUACUGCAAAAAACACAAACAUUUCCUCGGCGGAAACUUGUAUAUAAAUGGUAUUUAAUGAGUACUUGUAGAGUAGUUUAACAAAGUUAUAAGUGUACGUGGUAUCUCUCAACAACUGGUUAGAAGGCCUAGGAAUUACUUAAUCAAUGGUAAAGCAGUCAACUAAAAAACACUCCAUAAAUAAUUCAGCGAAAGAACUCAGAACUCAGGAUAAUAAGCUGAAAUUAUCAUUAGAGUUUUAAAAUAGCCUUAUGUUGAAAUCUGACCAAUAAGAGGACAAUUUUGAAAUUCAAUCAUAUCACAGUAAUAUGGUAAUUUGCAAAGUACUCAUAACAGGCCGUGAACAAGUGACCAUGAGGUCGUGACUUGGCUUUUAUGUGCUGAAAUAUUUACAAGAAAAAUGAACAACUAACUUCCCUAUGGUUGCCUAAAGUCGGGAAUUUACAUUAAACUGCAUGAGUUACCAAUUUCUAGCUAGGAGACUGCUUCAUGCUGAUGUUUUCUUCAUCAGUGAUGACAUUGUACAGCAGACUAAAACACAAAUACUUGUUAUGAACUUGCUGAAAUCACAAAAACAUAUUAUGAUUAUUCCAUGUGGGAUGACUGCUAAAAAUGUGCAUAAUUAGUUGUAGAACAAUACGCAUGCUCAGUAGAAGUUUGAAUAUUGAUGUAUCCGUUUGAUAUUUAUUAUUUAUCAAGCAGUUUAGCUAUAUGAAAACUUUCCAGUCGUUAGCGAAAGUUAAGAAAUAAAUAAGAUUAACUUAACCGGUUCUUACAGCUAAUGAAUAUUGAAGGUAUUUUCUGCUAAUGACGUCCAUAUCAAACAAUUGCCUAACAUUCGCGCGGGC